CAUGCAUUGUGUCAAGACAUUCAGGGAAAUAUAGCUACCGGUCAUAAAUAUGAAGUUCCUACCAUCAAUUAGACCUCGACUCGCCAGUCGCAUUCUGCACCAGCCAGCACGAAGGACGAUCGUCAAUCGAGUGCAUCUAUUGCCGUACACUUCCUUCGCCUCAGCCAAUCCAUUCAGUACACCAGCCUCCAGUAAACGUUUCACCUCCACCUCCACAGCAAAAGCAACAGCAGCAGGCCCUAAGCUCCCUCAGUCCCCAGCCAUGCAAAAAGAACAACACCCGCCCGCCAUGCCCCACACAACCCUGGCAAGCACCUCCCCCUCCACCCCAACGAUCCACGCCCUCUUCGAGCCCCAAACCAGCACCUGGCAAUACCUCGUCGCAGACCCCACCACCUCCACCGCCGCCAUCAUCGACCCCGUUCUGGACUACGACCCCACCACCCAGACCAUCAGCACCACCACCGCCGAUGCGUUGCUCGCCUUCAUCGCGCAGAAGGGCUACACCAUCUCGCACAUCCUGGAGACGCACAUCCACGCCGACCACCUCACCGCCGCCGCGUACCUGCAGUCCCAGCUACUCAAGUCGCAACCCAGCUCCUCAGCUGCACGGUCUAAAAUCCCCAUCUGCGCCGGCCACCGCAUCCAACACGUCCAAACCCUGUUCGCGCAGCGCUACAGCAUCCCGGAGGAAGAAUACCGCCGCACCGCAUUCGACAAACUCUUCCAGGACGACGAGCACUUCACGAUCGGGACCCUGGACGCCGUCGCGCUGCAUCUGCCGGGCCAUACCCCGGACCAUUUGGGGUAUAUGGUUGGUGGCAACAUCUUCGCCGGCGACUCCCUCUUCAACCCGGACAUCGGGACCGCACGAUGCGACUUCCCCGGCGGGUCGGCGGAGAGUCUGUGGGCCUCCGGGCGCCGCGUGCUGGGGAUGGCGCCAGAGACGAAAGUCUGGGCGGGACAUGAUUAUCCGCCGGCGGGGCGGGCGGGGGUGGUGGUGCCGUUUGGGACAGUGGAGCAGCAUCGGAGAUUCAACCAACAUUUGAAAGACGGGGUGGAAAGGGAGGAGUUUUUGCGGGUAAGGCGGGAGCGGGAUGCGGGGCUGGGGGAGCCCCGGCUGCUGCAUGCUGCGUUGCAGGUGAAUGUCCGCGGGGGAAGGUUGCCUGCGCCGGUGGAAGGCUCGCCAGGGUUGAGGAUGUUGAGGAUUCCGGUGAGGGGGGUGGGUGAGUGGUAGUGCAUCAGGAUAUUAGACAUAGCAUAGCAUUUUGAGUGUCAGAUUAGUGUAUUUUGCACAUAUUCAAUUUUCAAAUUCAGGC